AAACUUAGUUCAGUCAUGUAAGACUGUAGAAUAAAGCUAUACAACAACUUUGGAAAAGAAUUUAUUCUUCAAAAUGCCGGGAAAUCAUUUUCCGGCAAUUUAUGGAAUAGUUGUUUUACUGACAUGUGCUUCUUCAAGUUUCAUUAACUUUGAACCGGGGUUUGAGUACCAGUACAAGUAUGAUUCCAAUGCAAAUGUGAAAAAUAUUGGAGAUUUUCAAGUAUUAGCCAAGGUCGGCUACAUCAACGUCGGAGACAGCGGGGACGGACAGGAGGUCUACGUGAAGGUGUAUGCUCUGGCUCUGAAGACCAAACACACAGAAGACACCAUCGGCCACCGUUUGGACUUCUCGAAAUGGUUCUCGUUUGUGAUCACGCCCCAUGGCGAGAUUCUCCACGUCUACCACCCUCCCGACGACGACGAUGAAGCUGUUGCCAUGAAGAAGGGAGCCGCCGCCAUGUUCGCGUCUCGUCUACAUCAGGCCACUGAGGGCCAUGUCCAUGCAACUGACGACGGCUGGGGCUAUCACGUGAGAGAGACUGGAAAUGAGGGUCCCCACAACGCCACCUACACUGUGCGGCCGACUCUCACAGGUCACGUGUUCACCAAGACACGACACCCUGGCCACCACCCCGUCAAGCAUGCGACGUCAGAGUAUACCAAGACGUUGUAUUACGACUCUGCCCUUGGGACUAUGCACACCAUUCAGGUGGAGGAAAAGUUACAGGUCAUGCAUAAGACUGCAGAAGGAUACAACCCGUAUGAAAACAGUCGCCCUGUAAAAGCGGUCAACAACUUCACGGAAAUGGACUACCCCGAGAUGUCAGCUCAAGGCAGAGGAAAGUUGGUGUUCCUCAGCAGACACAAGGCCGUCAGUAUUCCCAGCAGACCAAAGACAGACAUCACGAGGGCGUCCAUUCAUAUCAAAGAGGUGAAGCGCCAGAAGCCAGCAAUCGAUGUGAACGAAUACCUGCAAUAUGUGAGGGGGAACCUCACUUGCAUGCGAAACGAGCCAGAAAAAGGUUCGAAGAAUUUGGACAAAUGCUUCACGGGAAUUGUAUCUGUUCUCCAAGACUUACCUGACCAGGCGUUGGUUCUCCUUGCUGAAAAGUACCUGACAGAUAGGCCGAGACUGACCAAGACCUUCAAGGACCAGAACCAUAUGUUUGAUGCUAUCGCUAGUCUGACCACAGACCUGUCCCAGCAGCUCCUGCUAGACCUUGUGCUCAACAGAUCCAGACCCGACUCCUCCCUGGUGAAGAGACUCAUGUUCCACAUCAUCUCACUUGAUGGACCACCGAUAGACAAUAUCAUCACGAAACUGAAGAGCCUGUGUUUUGAGCGCGAUAAGGCCCCAGUGGCUUUACAGGAACAAGAAACAUAUCACAGAAUGGUGCUGGCAUUGGGGGUGGUUGCUAGGCGACUGUUGGACGCUGGGAGGAAGGGGGAAGCGGUUAAUAUUGUCCUGAAGCUUGAGGGCUGGCUCGGAUUGCACGAUCCCUGGAUGUUCCGUCAGAAACGGUCCACCAUGACAGAACGUGAAGUCCUUGAUGACGACCGUUGGAGAGUUAUCUUGCUGGGAUCUCUGGGUAAUGCCGGUCUCGACCAAUCAUUUGAGAUGAUUGUGUCACAUGUCAACACCACCAACUCUCAGUGGGUGAAGCGAGCUGGGAUACACGCCAUGAGGAAGUACCGACACGAAGGGGCAGCACAUCUGAUGUUAAAGACAGCCCUGUACGAUGACGACGAGAAGGUCCGAUAUGAAGCUCUGCUACAAUACCAGGCCCACCCAAAGGCUGCCAUAAUCGCUCCCAUGUACAGACAAGAAGGUCCUAUGAAUGGAUCCAUAUUUCACGUGGACCCCCGCUAUGUUGGCAAGCGGGACAUUGAGGUACACGACCGACACAAAAGGGGACUCUUUGAUGAGAAGAUCGAAUUCAUACUGGCUUCACCAAGUGUAGACUGGAAGAAGAUGCUUGGGUCAACAACCAUUGGAGCGUCCUUUGGACUGAUUAUUAACAACGCUUUAGACUUCAAAAUAGAGCCUCUGAGCGGACACAUGAGAAUAAACAUCCACGAUGAAGCUUUCGCCCGCAUCCACCUUGGCUUCAAGGGAGAGAACCUGGAAUUCUUUAUGGGGAGGAUCUGCUUCAAGGGAGGAGCGUCUUACAACCUGAACAUGCUGCAGGAGUACGGCGUGGACAACCUCAAGAAACUGGUUGAGCUCUACGACGCUGUUAAAGGUGAUGCUGCUGGCGCUCUAGCGACAGGUCUGGAUCUGUUCAAGAGCAUCGUUAGUGGAGAGUUCUCGUUUGCUGACAUGAUAGAAGAUUUCAGGACGGCACUGGAAGAGCUACCAGAUAAGGUUGUCAGUGUUGGGAAGAAGGCAUCAGACGCUAUGGAAGUCCUUGGCGAGCUGGAUGAGAAACAGCUGCCUCCCUUUGCUAAACCUGCCAGGAACCUUGUGUUGAGAAUCACAAACCUUUACAAGGAAGUCAAGUCAUCGGUGCUCAGCUUUUACAAUCAACUGAUGGAGACAGUGACGAUCAUAAUACCCAGGGCAGGGAAGAUGAUCUAUAAGGCUAUCAAGGCUAUCAUUGAUAGCUUUAGGACGUUCAACAAAGACCCAAAACAGGCAAUUUCUACUGUCGCUGGUAACGUCAUCACUAUUGGCCUAGAAGUAAAGAAUCUGGUACAGGCCUUAAACAAGACAAAGAACACAUUAUUUGCGACCAUAAAAACCCCCCCUGACUGGAUGAACCUAGCUUCCCAGGUGAUAGAGAUAGUGGAGGCGGGGUAUAAGGCAAAGAAGGCACUGCUGGAAGGUGGGGAGAAGUGGAUCAAGGAGGUUGUGAAGGGGAAGAGGGAUCCUGUAGCGGAGUUUUCCAAGGGGAAGACUAACGCGACUGCACUGAGGCAGGAAGUUGUGACCAUGCUGAAGGACAUUGUUGAUGAUGUACUGGCUCCUCUUAUACCUCUAAAGAAACUGGGAGGGAAGUUCUUGGACACUUUCAAAAAGGUGUUUGAUCUCAUCAACAGUGUGAAGACAGCUUACAACGCGCUGAAGGAAGGAUAUCGUGCAGCCCGCUCUUUGAUCGACCGUGUCUUCGGCCCCAAGUGUCAUAAGGAGUUCCCCCGCACCCUUCGACUUGCUGGGGGUGGAUGCAAUGGGCGUGGCAGCUACCCCUCCGAAUUGAAAAGUGGAAAGGAAUACGAGCAUGAAGGGAUAGAUGUGACCAUUUCUUCUGGAAAAGACAUUGUGGCUCCGUUUGCUGGCAAAAUUAGGCUGUCUGAGAAUCCCAAUGAGGUCAUCAUCAUCCCGAAUGCAGGAUCUCUGAAGGAAACUGAGGUCAUCAUCACCAACAUUGAUCCCGACAGCUCCUUAAACAUCCAACAUCCAGGUGACUCUACUUACGUGGACAGCCCAGUGAAUGCUGGACAAAAGAUAGGCGUGGCGGCCAACUCCCCGUGUGGGGGUAACGAGCAUAUCCACCUCGCCCUGAGAAGGAAGGGUGGCUAUGUCGACCCAACACGCUACCUGGAGGUCAGAUUACCCGAAAUCCCGGAGUGGGUGCAAGAAUGUGACGACUACAAAGUGGUGUUUAAGGCAAGUGACAUAUUUAGCUUUCUUUGUUAAAA